GCACAGCACGAGGAUAUGGUCGUUAAGCACUGUGACGUCACCAAUGACGCUGUGUUAGGCAAGAAGGUCAGGAGCGGCCGGCGCCGCGUUAGUGUCGGGCUGACAGCCAGCAGACGUGGUUCCUUAGGCGGUGUCCCGCUUCUUACAUCAUUUGCAGCUACACCGGUCAUCAGCACGAGGAUAUGGUCGUUAAGCACUGUGACGUCACCAAUGACGUUGGGCAAGAAGGUCAGGAGCGGCCGGCGCCGCGUCAGUGUCGGGCUGACAGCCAGCAGACGUGGUUCCUUAGGCGGUGUCCCGCUUCUUACAUCAUUUGCAGCUACACCGGUCAUCAGGGUCUGGCUCGACAAUGGCCACGAGUCUUCUUGAGAAGUAACUUAAAGUGAACGGAGGACUAGUCACGAGGAACGAAUCUAGUUCUGGCGUGACGUAGCUGCAAGUCUCGAUAGAGGUGGUUGGACGGUGUUGAACACGGCGGCUGGCAACGUUGCAGGAAUAUCUGAAAGAAA